AAUUACUCUGACUUUCUCUUGCAUGACUCUUCAUCUCCUCCCCAUUAAUUAAAGAAAUCUAAAGGCAAGCUUCUUAAUUAAAUCCUCCUCCACUACUACACUCUCCUUCUUAUGUGAACGGUUGAAGAUGGAAGAUGGAGGAUUUAGCACUCCACAACAAAGAAAAACACAAACUUCUCCUUCCCAAGAUUCUGAGACACCUUAUUUCGUGGAAGGAGAAGAUCAAAUGUUGAGGAAAGCGAAACGGCCUCCUCCUAAUGAGAUAAGGCAAAAGAGAGCAACAACUAAUUUAAAGAGAAGGCGACAAAAUAAAAAGAAUAGAUGUAGAGGAAAUGACUGCGAGGAAAUGAUGACAUCAUCCAGUGGGAAGGAGGGAGAAAAAGAUAAUUCCAUAGAAAAGAAAAAGAAGGAAAAAUGUCCAAGGUUGGAUUAUAUCGAGACGCCAUCACCAGAUGAUAAUGAUAGUGGUUCGGGGGAAUCCAGGUGGGAGCCAUCAAGUAAGAAAAAAUUGAUAUAUACCUAGUCACCAUCGCUGGAUCUUCAAAAGUGAUGAUAGUGGCCCGCAUUUUCAGACUGAAGUACCUCUAAAGAAAAUAGAGGAAUCUGAGAGCAAGAGAUAGAACACCUUGAAAAUAAAUAGUUUUCGUACAACUUUUUGUGGAAUGAACUUUUAGGAACUUAGUUAGUGGUGAGCUUGUUGAUUGAUAUGAGAAUGGAUUAAACUGUAGCAUUACAAGUAUAUAAGAGUUCUUUAUGUAUUAUUUGCCUUACAUUGCACAGUUUAAUAUCCCUUCAUUAUUGACUUGCAUCGAAGGUGAUCAUAAACUUCAUUUGUCGGCAAAGUAGAUGUAACUGAUCAGUCUACAACAAAUUCUAAAGGGGACUGUUUU